AUGGUUCUUCAAGACCUUGGACGGCGCAUUAACGCUGCCGUCAGCGACCUGACAAGGUCUGCAAACUUGGACGAAAAGGCAUUUGAUGGCAUGAUAAAGGAGAUCUGUGCAGCCCUUCUCGAGGCUGAUGUCAAUGUACGAUUAGUUGGGAACCUGCGGAAGUCGAUCAAAGCCUCCGUCAAUUUCAAGGAACAAGCACCAGGUGUCAAUAAGAAACGGCUCAUUCAGAAAGCUGUCUUUGACGAACUCGUCAAGCUCGUCGACCCUCAUGCCGAACCAUUCAAGCCAAAGAAAGGAAAACCAAAUGUUAUCAUGUUUGUUGGAUUACAAGGUGCGGGAAAGACGACAACAUGCACGAAGCUGGCGAGGCAUUAUCAAUCAAGAGGGUUUAAGGCUUGUCUGGUAUGCGCCGACACGUUUCGUGCAGGUGCAUUUGAUCAGCUCAAGCAAAACGCAACGAAGGCCAAAAUCCCAUACUACGGUUCUCUGACGCAAACGGAUCCAGCUGUGGUAGCAAAAGAGGGCGUUGACAAAUUUAAGAAGGAAAGAUUCGAAAUCAUCAUUGUGGAUACUUCUGGACGACAUCGACAAGAAGAUGCGCUGUUCCAGGAAAUGGUGGAUAUCCAGACUGCUGUCAAGCCCGACCAGACUAUCAUGGUUCUCGAUGCUAGUAUUGGGCAACAAGCCGAAGCGCAAAGCAAAGCUUUCAAGGAGACUGCAGACUUUGGUGCUAUCAUCAUCACAAAGACGGACGGUCAUGCAAGCGGAGGUGGAGCUAUUUCUGCCGUAGCUGCAACACAUACUCCGAUAGUAUUUAUUGGUACAGGAGAACAUAUGUUAGACUUGGAGAAGUUCGCUCCACAGCAAUUCGUAUCGAAACUGCUUGGAAUGGGCGACAUGCAAGGUUUGGUAGAGCACGUACAGUCUCUCAAGCUCGAUCAGAAAGAUACUAUGAAGCAUAUUGCCGAGGGAGUCUUCACUGUCCGAGAUCUAAGAGACCAGUUGUCAAACAUCAUGAAGAUGGGCCCACUUUCUAAGAUGGCUGGCAUGAUUCCCGGGAUGAGCGGCAUGAUGCAAGGCAUGGAUGACGAAGAGGGAUCUAUGAAGCUCAAGCGGAUGAUAUAUAUCUGCGAUUCCAUGACAACUAAGGAAUUGGACAGUGAUGGCAAGAUGUUCAUUGAACAACCCACACGCAUGACCCGGAUAGCUUACGGAAGCGGUACCAGUGUUAGAGAAGUCGAAGACCUGUUGACUCAGCAUAAAAUGAUGGCAGGUAUGGCAAAGAAGAUGGGAGGAAACAUGAAGAAUAUCCAGAGAGCGCAAAGUGCUAUGGGUGGAGCCAACAAGCAACAGCAAAUGGCUGCAAUGAAACGCUUGGCCAGUAUGGGAGGUGCCGGUGCUGGAGGUGGAAUGCCAGAUAUGGGUUCACUCAUGAAAAUGCUUGGAGGUGGUGGCGGCGGCGGCGGCGGGAUGCCAGACAUGUCAGCAAUGAUGAAUAUGAUGGGUGGUGGAGCUGGACGCGGAGGCCGACGAUAA